GAAGUGCCUAUGAAACUGCAUAAUAGUUCCAAGUAUAUGCCAGUUACAUAUUAUCUGCAGGUUUAAUUAGGCGCUUCUAAGCACAGGUUUGCUUCUAAUUACUAGUUACCUGCCGCUUUUUACUCCAAACCUUUAUUAGAAGCUUUAAGUUAAUGUGAAUUAAUUUUCUGACAAAGAAUGAGCUGGACCAUUCUAUGUUUUUUGAAAAUGUUUAGUGUUUGUUUAAGCUCCUCGCCCGCUCAUGCAGACACAGAUAUUUCGUUUUUGUUUGAUUUUCUUCAACAGACCAAUAGACCUAAUUAUGCUGUCCUUGAAAAUGUAUGCUGGAGUAAAGAGGAAACUCAGAAAUUGCAUAGAAACCUGACAAUGCAAAAUUUCAAAUGCAAAUCUGUAGACGGCAAUAGCACGAUAAUGACUGAACGGUAUUAUGAGCAUUCCUACAUUAUACUUGUACAUGUAGAUUGCGAUUUUGAUACAAUCUGGAAGCAGGCUGCAAAGGGUUCCCUGACAUUUUACCCUCACAUUUGGAUACUACUUGGAGACUUCGAGAAGAUUAAAAAGAAAAACGUUCAUAUUCCUAUGAAUAGCCUUCUGCUCUCUUUAGUAAGAACAGCAAACUAUACCAAACUUGAAACCGCGUAUAAAAUUAAAAAAACUGUUGACUGGUAUAUUGAGAGAACCGUAGGAAAUUGGUCACCAAAGGUUGCAAAGUUUGAUCUCGAAAAAGUUAACAUAUUUAAGGACAGAGGGAAUUUCAUGAAAGUGCCUUUGAGAGUAACAUAUAUAAUCACGGAUAAUAGUACGGUUAAUCAUUUUAUUGAUUACAGGAAUAAACAUGUUGACAACCUUACCAAAAUUAAUUACGUGCUCUAUAUUUUAAUAUUUGAUAUACUAAAUGCAACUCAAAUUCGCCUCUUCAGCAGAGGGUGGGGAUUUGAGAGUAGGGAGAACAAUGGAUCUUUUGCAUCAGGGAUGUUUCAGGAUCUUGCAAACGAUAGAUCUGAUAUUGCAGGUACUCUUGCAUUCACCCCAUCUUCACGUUUAAAAUACUUUCGAUACAUUUAUCCGCCUGCAAAAGACAUGGAUAUUUGCUUGGUGUUUAGAGCACCUUCUUUAGCGUAUUACACCAAUGUAUUUGGUUUACCGUUCAAUAACUGGGUAUGGGUUGCAUUAGGUUUACAGUUGCUCUGUGGAUGUGUGUUGAUUUUCAUUAUUUUCAAAUGGGAAUGGAAAGUCGCACAAGGAAGAAAGGAAAAUGGACCAUCUUUUCUGGAUACAGCUAUGAUGCAGGCACGUCGAUAUUUAUUUGUUGUAGAGUAUGCCUUCUUGGACUUCAGAUUUUGGAACUUUCAGAUUGCCAUAGCUUGCCAACAGGAUUUUUUUCAUGAGCCUAAAAGUAUUUCGGGAAAAAUGGCUACACUUUCCAUUCUAAUAUUUUUCACCUUUAUCUACACAGCGUUUUCCGCAAAAAUUGUUUUAUUUCUUCAACUGAGCACAAACAAAAUUAACGAUGUUGGGAGUGUGUAUGCUGCAGGCUUCGAUUUCGCUGUUGAGGAUCAGCCUUUCAAUCAAUACUACUUCAAAGGUCCCAGCGAUAGAGCAGAAGAGCAGUUGAGAAAACAAAUAUACGAAAAGAAAAUCCGACGAUCGCAUGGUGAUCAAUUUGUAAGUGCCGAAAAAGGAAUUCAACUUGUUCGAGAUACAUUCUGUGCAUUUCACGUCGAAAGGACAGUCGCCCAUUAUCUGGUCGACAAAACCUUCUCCAAUAAUCAAAAAUGUUCACUGCGUUUUGUACGAAGCAUUUUUAAGUCGGAUAUGCCAUAUUUAUCUAUUCCUUGGAACUCUUCUUACAUAAAAUAUUUUAUAAUAAGUUUUAGGAGAUUGGCAGAAACUGGAUUACAAGACAGGGAAUGUAAAAGGUGUUAUGCCAAGAAACCCUCUUGCGAAGGAAAAGCCAACUCAUUUGUCAGUGUUGGAUUAAUUGAAGCUUAUUUCCCACUUCUUAUUUUUGGUGUCGGCAUAUCGCUAUGUAUUUCAAUUCUAAUCCUUGAAAAGUUAGUUCACAAAUAUAUAAAACUGCAUUAAACUCAAAUAUGGAUAGACUGUGUUAUCGAUAGUAGAUGUUAGAUAAGUAAUAAAAUUGCAAACAUCAUUAGAAAA